AUGGCCCCGAUGCUCGAGUUCCGUACGCAGGGCUACAACCCGUACGCCGUAAAGUACUCGCCCUACUACGACUCGCGCAUCGCCGUUGCAUCGUCGGCCAACUUUGGCAUCGUCGGCAACGGCCGCGUCUUCUGUCUCGCCCUGACGGCCCGGGGUGUCGAGGUCGAGACGACGUUCGACACAAACGACUCGCAAUAUGACCUCGCCUGGUCCGAGAUCAACGAGAACCAGCUUGUCGUCGCCUGCGGCGAUGGCUCCAUCAAACUCUUCGACCUCGGGGUCAAGGACUUCCCCGUCAUGAACUUCCAUGAGCACAAGCGCGAGACUUUUUCCGUCAACUGGAGCCCCAUCACGAAGGACACCUUCGUCUCGAGCUCAUGGGACGGCACAAUCAAAUGGUCACCGACCCGUGAACACUCCCUCCGCACCCUCCCCGUCGGGAACUGCACCUACUCCGCUUCCUUCCAGCCCUCGAACCCGCACGUCAUCUCCGCCGUCUCCUCGGACUCCCAGAUUCGCAUCUUCGACCUCCGCACGCCCGUCUCCUCGCGCUACCAUCUGACCUCCAUGAUCCCCGUCCACGCCGCGGGCCCCUCCUUCCCCUCCGCCGCGCCCGCCGAGGUCCUCACCCACGACUGGAACAAGUACCGCGACACCGUCAUCGCGACGGGCGGUGUCGACCGCGCGGUGCGCACGUUUGACAUUCGGAACCCGACGGCGGGGCCCUUGGCCGUCAUGCAAGGGCACGAGUACGCCGUCCGCAGGCUGGCUUGGAGCCCGCACGCCAGUGAUUUGCUGCUGACGGCGAGUUAUGACAUGACGGUCAGGUUGUGGGACGACCGGUCGAACGCGCCACCAACGGGGCCACCGGGCGGGGCGCAGGCCGGCGCGCAAGUCGGGAUCAUGAACAGGCAUACCGAGUUCGUUGUCGGCGUGGAUUGGUGUCUGUUUGGUGUUGGCGGGUGGGUAGCGACGGUCGGCUGGGACGAGAGGGUUCUCCUCUGGGACGCAAAUGCGCUUUUGGCUGGCCGGUAA